CAUUACGCCCCGACAUAAAGGCAAUUACUUAGAAACGUUCUCCACCCUUGCACAAUAUUCGCCAUCGGAUUAUUGGUAUCGUGUUUCCUUUGCGACGACCUUGCUCGCCCUCCUUUCGUCAAGGCUAUCUAGCUCCUCCUUCGUCUUUGAGCCCGCUCCUCCAUCGCCAUGCACCCGGCAAAGCGCAACAAGAUUGACAUUAGUAAACUGACGGAGGAGGAGCAGAAGCUCUUUCGUCUGUACGGGAAGUUACCAUCACAUAAGAAUAUCCUCACGAAGAUGCAGAAGGAUCGCAAAUAUUUUGACUCUGGUGACUACGCCCUGUCAAAGGCAGGGGUUGCUCCACAGAACACUGUUGGAACAGCGAUCCCCAAUCCUGAAAACAUUCCGCAUGCCUCAUCACCUGUUACCAGUCAUCAAGGUCUAUCGGUAUCCCCGACCAAUAGUACGAGCCCCGUGAAAGAGAGUACAUUAGGCCAUAGCGAUGAAGAAGCUAAAGACUCGGACAAAGAAGAAGCAGAGUAGCCUGAAAGCUCGCUUACUUUGUCGCGGUCCUCGAAUCUCAUAGUCAUGAUCACUGUCUGAUACAUGCAACCUUUCCUUUAGUCCUGAUCAAGUCCAUGACAACCUGCUCAUAUUUGCACAAUCACUACCUUUCAUUGUCUUGAUUCUGCUUGUAUCGUGUAACAUCAAUCCUGAGGAUGCAAAGCUGUAUUCUCAUAUCUUUUGCAGGUGGUAUUUAUCUCCUUUCCGUGGUAUCAUCGUCACUUGUAUAUUUUCCGCGUUGCAGCGCCAAUAAUAAAAUGCAAAAUGUAGCAGUUGCCAUAAAUGGUUAUUAUAUCU